AUGUUUCUAGCAUCGUUAGAUGGGACCAUUUUGCAACUGAAUGGCAGUAACCAGUUCAGGCUGGGGAACGGGUCGGUACAGUUGGACAUUCAGCGGCCGGCGGCAAACGUGACGACCGGCGGUGGAGUCCUGCUGAUUUCGUUUCAGUACGCCUCUGGAGUUACGGUGACCCUAGAUGUACAGUAUGGACCAAUGGUUGGACGACAUUUCAUCAACGUGCUGUACACACCGACUGUGGACUUCCUCGGAGAAACUGAAGGGCUGUGUGGAUUCAUGGAUGAUAUAGAGGAAAACGACUUCCGUGGUCCUAAUGGUACUGUCUACGACAACCCGGUAGACUUUGCAGAAUCAUGGCGGAUCACUUCAUCCCAUGACGCGGGAGGGCUCUACGGCAGUUGGUCAUGGAACAGUUCAAACUUCCAUGCCAGUGACGUCAUGGACAUAUCUUACACCGACCCGACAUUCGUCCCCAUCUACUCCACCGAUGGUCUUCCGGAGCGGCAAAUAUUGUUGGCCACAAACCUAUGUGAGAGUCUGGGGAUCAGUGGGAAUCUUCUGGCAGGCUGUAUCUAUGACGUAUCUGUGACCAACGACAGCAGCCUACUUGAGCAAGAAUCAUUUAAGAUAGGCUGUCCUUCCCAGUGUUCAGGAAAAGGCCGAUGUGUGAAUUCCAGCUGUGAGUGUCUGGAUGGCUGGUCAGGGGCCGACUGUAGCAAAGGUACUGAUUGCAGUAUACAACCAACUUGCUUUGCCGUGGCCAGCUGCUCCAUGCGGGGGGUCUGUGUGGACUGGGACACCUGUCUGUGUGAUCACGGCUGGGGAGGGGAGAGCUGUUCUCAGCCGACCUGCACUGAUCUGGACAGCUGUUCAAGUCACGGCACAUGUGUGGAGUAUGAUGUAUGUGAGUGUGAUCAGGGCUGGACGGGGGUUAGCUGUGCGCUUCCAGACUGCAGCGGCGUAGGCGACUGUUCCAGUCGGGGUGAAUGUGUAGGACCGGACGUCUGUGAGUGCCACAGCGGGUUCAGGGGACAGAACUGCAGCCUGUCGCUGAACUGCACCGAGCUGGAUAACUGUAACGGUCAGGGGCUCUGCGUCAUCACACCUGGAGACGGACAGUCAAAUGUUUCAUGCAGAUGUUAUUCAGGUUUUACCGGGACCAACUGCAGUGACGUGUCGUGUCCCGAUGUUAACGAGUGUUCCGGGAACGGACAGUGUGUGGAGCCGAACCUCUGCUCGUGUGACGCCGGUUUUACUGGUCCCAGCUGCGCCAAUUUCUCCUGUGAAGCCAGGGACUUCUGCUCAGGCCAUGGGUACUGCGUCAAUUACGACGAGUGCCGAUGUGACGAAUCCUGGAGCGGACCGUCCUGCUCGAUUGCAAACUGCAGUGGUGUUAACGACUGCUCUUCAAAUGGUGUAUGCCUUCUACCAAACACGUGUGAAUGCACAAGUGGGUACGACGGAGCAUCCUGCGACCAGUUUAGCGCUCCCAAUGAAAAUGCUCCAGUGUUUACAAACGAGACAUUCUUCGCCAGUGUCCGUGAGAAUGUACCAAUAGGAACAAAGGUUACCACAGUUUCUGCAGACGAUCCUGACGCAGGACGUAACGGCUACAUCACGUAUUCUAUUUCACCCGGUAGUUCAGCGGAUAUGUUCCUUGUUGACGGUGAGACUGGUGAUAUUUCCACUCUCACUACUCUAGACUACGAAACACUGCCUGAAAAGACAAUGUCUCUUGUUGUUAUUGCGAGAGAUAACGGUGUUCCUUCCCUGUCUGCGUCUGCGACUGUUGAAGUGACUGUUCUGGACAUGAACGAUCACUGUCCUACAUUCCAAGAUGACGCAACAAGCAUUCAGCGCAUCCUUCGCCCCGGCCAAUCAUUUAGAAUUGUGGCUACUGACAGAGAUAGCGGCGUGAAUGGCAAAGUUACGUUCUCAAUACUAGGAGAGGAAAACAGCGGAUGGUAUUCUGUCAACGAGUCAACCGGUGCGGUAACCUUGAGUGACGACAUUCCUCCAGGGACAUACACCUUUGUUGUUGUGGCUAGUGAUCAAGCAGUCAUCCCCUGUUCCACCCGCGUCACAGUAACUGUGACAGUUGAGGAAAGCAUCAACGCGGCUACUUCAACCGUCAAUACCCCUAAUGUCUUCACCCCAUCCCGCAUCUUCCACACCGACGAUAUCAUCACCAGGCCGUUUAACGUCUACGCCCCUGGCACCGUCAUCGGACGUGCAUCAGACUGCUACACCAUCUGCAAUGCCUGUAACCGACCAAGCAGCUGUCUCCUGUUCACCCAGCGUCACUGUAACUGUCACAACUGUGGAGAGUACAUGUACAACCGUGCCCGAACCGUCAACUGUUGA